AUGAACACCCAACGCCUCGGCCUGCAUCUCGCGCGCCAACCCCGCUCACCCGCCCUCCGAUCAACCAUCCAACGCCGAUUCGCAAGCGACCAGAUCGAGCUGAAGGGAGCAGCAGAUAAUGCAUUCAACCGAGAACGAGCGGCGGCAAAGGCCCAUGCUGCUGCUACCAGUGAUCUCUGGCGCAAACUCUCCAUCUACGUCACAACGCCGUGCCUGAUCCUCGCUGGUAUCAACGCCUGGAAUCUCUGGGACGAGCACUGGGAGCACUGGGAGCAUCUGCCGCCGCUGGAGGAGAGGAUCGAGUAUCCGUAUCAGAAUGUGCGGACGAAGAAUUUUCCCUGGGGCGAUGGCGAUAAGACCUUGUUCUGGAAUGAUAAGGUGAAUUAUCAUAAAAAGGACAAGGUUACGUGA